AUGGAAUAUACUAUUGCUGAAAUACUACCGUUCUCAGUGAAUGGAACUGACGAAGUGGUCAAACAAAACUUUGAAAUUCAGGCGAGCACUGCCAAACAAACAUCUCGGGUAUGCUUAAACAGUUUAAGUGAUUGCGAUGAAACCGAAUCAUUAAGUUCCUUCAUAUUAACGGACAGUGAUGUAACGCCUGGAGUGACGCCAAAUACGCCUGUCAGUCCAACGUCAAAAUGUGAGUCCACACAUUUUACGUUUACAAACAUUACGUCAUUGCCCACAGAUGUUAAAUUGACGUCAGUAGAUAAUCCGCUUCAUAAAAGAGUUCUUCCAACACGACGUAAACGUCAUGAACCACCAACAAAAGACGUAUUACGUAAAAGAAGAGUUGCAGCUAACGCCAGGGAGAGACGGAGGAUGGAGAGCUUAAAUGUUGCAUUUGACAAACUGAGAUCUGUUAUUCCUUCGUUUGGAGAUGACACAAAACUUUCAAAAUACGAGACUUUACAGAUGGCUCAAACAUAUAUCGCUGCUCUCAAAGACUUGUUGUGA